GGGGUGGGCUGUGGGUGUGUGUCGUGAGGUGGACGCGAGCUGGAGGGCGUCAGGGGGCGCUCCGUGCCGCGUGACGUUGGGCUGUUUGGUCUUCCGGGCUGCGGCACACCAGCACAGAGCACAGCAGCAGCAGCAGCACGCCGCCAAGCACGACCCCACGUUCUCUGGAAGCGAGAAGAGUUCCUCGCCUCGUCUUCCCUCCUCGCCGGCGCCGGUACCACGCGGAAGAGGAGUGUGGAUAGCGGUGACGUGAAUCCUGCCGCUUGAGACGCCUUCGUAUCCCCAGCACACCACCGCACACACCACACGCUCCACGUCGCACGCACACGUGCCGCACACACUCCACUUGGCUCGCGCAACUAACCAGACACUCCAAGCCACGCACACCUUCGACCGCACUGCACAACACGCUCGCUGUUCACCAAACCGAACAACGAGCUUACGCUGACAGCACUGGACUGCCGCACACCGGCACGCCACAUUCCUACGCCACACGCACAGACGCACAGCCUCGGCAUGCGUGCCCCGUCACGGCGGGGCUGGUCGUUGCUGGGCCGCGCGCUGGUGCUGCUGAGCCUCGUGUGGUUCGCCUACGUGCUGGUGCAGCUCGUGACGUCGAGCUCGCGUGAGCAGAGCGAGCGAGCACAGCCCUUCGAGCCAGCGGAGAAGGGCGAGUCGCAGGAAGUUGUGGAGGAGGACCUGUCGCGACCACUGUACUCCAAGCCCCCUCCGGACGAGCGAGCGCUGGGCGAGUGGGCCAAGGCAGCCCGACUCAACCUUCCCGAGGGCUCGUCCGAGCGUAAGCUGGAGGAGGAGAGCAUCGAGCGCUACGCUCUCAACAUCUACCUGAGCGACCGCAUCUCUCUGCACCGCCACAUCCCCGAUGGUCGCAUGUAUGAGUGCAAGGCGCAGAAAUUUGACUACCGCCGCCUGCCCACCACGUCGGUGGUGAUCGCCUUCUACAACGAGGCGUGGUCCACGCUCCUGCGCACGGUGCACAGCGUGCUCGAGAGCUCGCCCGCCGUGCUGCUGCGCGAGAUCAUCCUCGUCGAUGACUUCAGCGACAGAGCUUACCUGAAGUCUCCGCUGGAGGACUACAUCAGCACGCUGGAACGCGUGCGCCUGGUGCGCACGACGCAGCGCGAGGGGCUGGUGCGUGCACGCCUGCUGGGUGCCACCCAUGCCACGGGCCAGGUGCUCACCUUCCUCGACUGCCACUGCGAGUGCGUGCCCGGCUGGAUCGAGCCCCUGCUCCAGAGGAUUUGGGAGAAGGAGACGGCGGUUGUUUGUCCCGUGAUCGACACCAUCGAUUGGAACACGUUUGAGUUCUACAUGCAGACGAGCGAGCCGGCCAUCGGGGGCUUCGACUGGCGCCUCACCUUCCAGUGGCACGGCGUCCCCGAGCACGAGCGCUCGCGCCGGGCCUCCCGCAUCGAGCCCAUCCAGUCUCCCACCAUGGCCGGUGGUCUUUUUGCCGUGAGCAAGAAGUAUUUUGAUCACAUUGGCACGUACGACCAGGGCAUGGAGGUGUGGGGUGGUGAGAACCUGGAGCUUUCUUUCCGGGUGUGGCAGUGCGGCGGCUCGCUGGAGGUGCACCCCUGCUCGCACGUGGGUCAUGUGUUCCCCAAGAAGGCGCCGUACCCGCGGCCGCGAUUCCUGCAGAACACGGUGCGCGCCGCCGAGGUCUGGAUGGACUCCUACAAGGAGCACUUCUACAACCGCAACCCGCCUGGACGCAAGGAGAAGUAUGGGGAUCUCUCGGAGCGUAAGACGCUGCGGGAGAAGCUCGGCUGCAAGAGCUUUGAGUGGUACCUGAAGAAUAUCUACCCAGACCUACACGUGCCUGAGGAUCGCCCUGGGUUCCACGGAGCUAUUCAAAACAAGGGGAUUCAGUCCGAGUGCAUCGACUACAACGCUCCGGAUAACAACCCCACGGGGGCCAUGCUGUCGCUGUACCCCUGCCAUGGCCAGGGUGGAAACCAGUUCUUUGAGUACACGACGCGCAAGGACCUGCGCUUCAACUCGGCCACGGAGCUGUGCGCCGAGGUGCGCGACGGGAAACCGCAGGUGGCCAUGCGCCACUGCCCGCCCGACAGUCAGAGCAACCCGCCCAGCGUGAUGUGGGACUUCCGCGAGGAUGGCACUGUGUACAACGCGCACAGAAACGCGUGCCUCACCGCAUUCCGCAAACCGGACGGCCGGGCCGACAUCGAGAUCAGGCCUUGCAUGCCGGAUGACAAGAACCAGAUGUGGACUUUCCAGUGACCCCUGCUCCUUUGACCCCCACCUCACCCUCCCCUCCCAACCCUCCCCCGGACCCUCGCGCCAUGCCCAAAGAUUACCGCAAACGAUUGGGACCCGGUGGUUGAUGACGACCCACGUGUUCUCCCAUGACCGUUCCACGAAAUGGGGUUAUACCCAUGGACAAACCUGCGUUGGCGGGGGCAAGUGUUUACUGAGCGCAGGAUCAAAAUGUUCCAAAUUGGGGACCACCCUUUGUACCGCGGUGUUGGCGCGGACCGGUGUGAAGGGGUGUGUGCGAUGAUGGCCAAAGCUCAACGUCGGCGCUGUAAAUCUGCAUCGCUCGUUACUUACCAAAGAAAUUCCAAAGGUGGCCUUUAUCAAAAAAAGAGCAUAUUUAUAUCCCACCAAUAUAUGCAUAUUUAUGUAUAGUAUUUGUAAAGCGGAGGAGCGAAUUUGUUUAUCUUGCGGUAGUUGUGUAGAUCCUUGUGUCAUUUUACUCGAAAUUUAUUUUUCGAUCUUUGCAAGUGAAACUAAGGCACUGGAGAUGAGUGGUGACCAAAGAGGACACUCUGGCAAUUAGCCUUGAGGGCCACUCAGCACAGCCUCAUGACAGUUGGCCAGCUGUGCCAUUACUAAAAAAAAAAACACCUUUUUCCAGCUCGCUUAGUUGGUGCAAAUCCUUAUGCAACGUUUGUAUUUCCACUUACGCGAGUGCUAAACCGUGCCUAGGCUUGCACUCGUGUGGACGAUACGUGGGCUCUUGCCGGCUGUGUCACCGAGUCAUGCCGCCGUGGCUUCUGCAGGCACAAAGUGCUUUCACCUCAAACUGUUGGCGUACCACGACACCGUGUCCCGCUUGAGCAGCAUUAUAAGAUCUCGCGUAGGUUCCUGCUUGUAUCCGUUGAUGGCAGAGCCUCUCCGCUGGCGAAAAAGCCACUCCCGUGCAGCGUGCGUGCCACCGCCGCCACGAUUUUUGCCAGAGAUGUCACAUGGCUGAGUGGUGACUAUUAAUUUCUUGCGUCCGCUCGCUACUUUAGCAAAAGCGCAUGUGGUCACGGCCGGUGGAUGUGGACGGGUUUUGCAACGAGUCCAUUCAUUGCUGCGAUCUCCUUCCUGUUGAAGCCUGGAGCGAGACACGGUCUUGCGCUGCGUUCGGACAGCGCAACGGGCGAUGGUCGCUGAACGAUGAGCACCCGGAGUGCGACUCUCACAGUGACGUUUCCCUUUUACCUCGCGCACUGCUCGGGAUAUGCGUGCAGAUUGCGUACACGGUGGAUAUCGAUGAUCAGGGUCAUCCCUCGAAGGGCUUUAGGAUUUAGUGGUGAAUACUGUAUUUGGUUCCCCUUGGGAGAGGGGGGAGUGCAUGUGCCCCGCUGUGCUCCCAGAAGGAGGAGCACUCCGUGCAGGGCGCAGGGAGCGGUCACCGAUUGCCGCACCACAGAGGGGACGGCGUGGCCAUGUCCCGAGCUCUCGAUAUAUUUACUCAUUCCCUGUGUGAAGCGUUAGGAGCAAGGGGCGGCGAUCUUGCUCGAACAUUCUUUUUAAAAAUAUAAUUAUUAUUUCUAGCAGUUGCAUAGUGGGAUUAAAUCCACUUUAGUAGACGUUUAGGGAUAAUUAUAGUUUAAGCGGAUAUCAAAUUCCAACGCGAUGAUAAUCGCAAAUCUACCUUGUGUGCUUGGGAGGCAGGGCUAUUGGUCGUCAUGCUGUGUGGAGAUACUGUCGGUGUGCGAGUUGCUUUUGGGGCUGCGGUUGAGUUUGGUGGUGCUGCGGGUUAGUUGCUCCAAACCGUUAAGUAAGACGGCUACCUCCGGCGAAUACCCCAGCUCUCUGCACACGGUUCUGUCAUGAAAAGCCUUUAACCGUAACCUCUGCUGAUACUGUACAUUGCCGGUUGGUAAGUGAUUAUACUGUGAUCGGCGCGUCUAUGUUUCUCUGCAAGGUUUUCGUUUUUUUCUGCUGCGGACUUUUGCGUCCGUGUCUUUUUUGUUUAUUACGCGUGCAAAAAUGUCAUUGCGUUGCCCGAGGAACGGCGCAAGCAAACUCUUCGGUCGUAAGUUAAACAUAGAGGGGGAUCGGGGAUCAUCAUUACCGUUGUUAGAAUUGUAAUGAAUUUUCUACCUUUGCGUACGGGAGAAACUUGAUUAUUCUGCACAUGCACCCUUCUGCAAACUGCGUGUUUACUGCUGUGGACUGAGCCCGUAUUUUGUCUUCUCGUUGUGACAUUGGACUCCCGUGUUUCGAAUUUUCCUCUCUUUUUGACGUUUGACCCCUUGUUUGACGCUUGACUCUCCUUCUUGACUUCCCAUUUCGGUUUCUAAUUUUGGCAUUUGGCUUCGAAUUUCGAAUUUUCCUUGUGUUGACCUUUGACCUCUGCUGUUGACCCCUCGUUUGACCCCCCUCGCCCGCGCGCGCCACUGCACGUCUCCGCUGCUGCACAUGUCGACACAUUGCUGCUGCUGCUGCUCCUGGUGGUCGACGGAGGGCCCAUGAUGUUUGUGGGCGAAUUCUUGCGGAGCGUUGGAGCGUGUGACAACUGACCCCACUGGAUAGGACGGCAGAGCAGCCACCGCAUGGGCCAGGGAAUUGGGUGUGUGGGUUGAAGUCGCACGCAGUCCAUUGGUCAUUUAAAUUUGGCAUCAGUAGGUUAAACACAGCAUUUGCAAUGUUAAUUCGCGUAGUUUGUGAACGCAACAUCUCGAAUUUCUUUACAGCGGUGGGACACCGUUGUGGGCCGAGAGUCGAAGAGAGGACGCGUGGAAUGGUGUUUCUCUAUCGUUAAAAUUCUAGUAAACAAACACUGCGUGAGCGAAUUCAAUACGUGCAUAUGUUCAUCUGCUCGAGUCAUUUAUCACCUCCAGCACAUAGCUGUGUGUCGAUAUAAUUUUGAACGCCCGAGAAGCCCGCACCAGUGGGGGGGGGGGGGGUAGUGUGUACGCACGUUGCACGUGCCUCCCCGGUGCACGCUGCUGACGGGGUGUCAGCGGCCCAUGCCCUCCAGUGGAGACGUCAGACGAGAUCUCCCGUAUUGGCAGCGACGCUUGCCCUCUGCCGUGGGGGGGUUGGGGGCGCUCGCGUCUCGCGCCGUGUGGGUGUCAGACUCCGUCUUGAUGAAAGUGCCUUCGUUGACUGCGAGUGGAGAGUCGGCCCACGCGGUGCUCGUGAUUCACUCUCGGGUUGCCCCCCCUAUGAUUUGAACACACGAAUACAGUAUCGUGUUUUACGUUUAAAUGCA